AAACAUUCAGUUAUCGUUAUCUUCCCGCCAUUCAUAUCCCACUCUCUUUUUAUUAACAGAAAUGACUAUAUCCAAGCAAAUGCUGCAUCACCUGGCCCUGCUACUGUUAGGGGUCUUACUAAGACCUAUCUACGUCCAUGCUAGUUUCGCGUAUUGUGUCGGUAUCGUGAGCUAUCCAACCAAGGCAGUCGUCGGAUUCCAGCUUUGGAACGAUAACGGAGAUAUGGCAGCCCAAUAUCGUACUGUCUAUUUUGCAUCAAAGACCACCAUGAAAAACAAUGGCUGGACACUCAAUCUCAAGUUUACAGAAGUUGACAGCUGGGAUUAUGCGACUGAGUUGGGUGAAAUAAGUGUCUCUCAUAAUGUUUAUGGUCACAUCGGAGUAGUCCCCUACAAAACUACCUGCCGUGAUAUGAGAAAGGAUAAGCCUGUAAUAUACUAUGGGUGUUAUGAGAACAUGCCAUAUAGCUACUGUUCGAUCAACCCUAUCAGACAGAAGGAAUUCUGUCGAACUAGACUCAGCCUUGGUUCUGACGGUAGCGAGUGUGUAUCUUUGGAGGAGCAGCGCCUCAACAGCACCGUAGUAUAACAGCGAUG